AGAAAGCUCGCAAAAGCUUCGCACACGUUUUGCAUUUGUCCUAAUGGCUUCUGCCACGCAAAGCCAGCGUCCCACCUGAGAGAGGCAAAGCUAUAUACAGCAGGAAACGGUAACGACCGACGGAUAUACCGACAAACCCGACGGACUACUCGGGAAAGAGGAGUGUGUAGACGGGAACAGAUCGAGAGCAGCAGCCACGAUCCUCGCCAUGGUCGAACCAGCUGACAGACCAUCCACGGCCGGCCAGAGGCUCGGCGCUCCCGACAGCUUCGGGGUGUCCACCCUGGAGCCUGGCCUGCGUCUGCCCGCACAGGCACCAGGAAGAAAAGUUUCUAUCAGGGUGCAGAUGUUGGAUGACACACAGGAAGUCUUCCAGAUAUCACAACGCUCCCUCGGCAAAGUGUUGUUCGACCUUAUUUGUGUCCAUCUGAAUCUGGUGGAGGGAGACUAUUUUGGGCUGGAGUACCAGGACCAACGCAAGAUGACUGUGUGGCUGGACCUGCUGAAGCCAACGCUGAAGCAGAUCCGACGGCCAAAGAACACCAUUCUUCGUUUCGUGGUCAAGUUCUUUCCUCCUGACCACACGCAGAUCAUGGAGGAGCUGACUCAGUAUCUGUUUGCUCUGCAGAUCAAGCGCGAUCUGGCCUGCGGUCAUCUCAUCUGUAACGACUCGAGCGCCGCCCUGAUGGUCUCCCAUAUCAUUCAGUCGGAGAUAGGAGACUUUGAUGAGACCCAGAGCUGGCAGCAUCUCCUCCACAAUAAAUACCUGCCAGACCAAGAUGCCAUCCGGGACAAGAUCACUGACUGCCACCGCAAGCAUGUCGGACAGACUCCUGCAGAGUCAGACUACCAGCUUCUGGAAAUCGCCCGCCGUCUUGAAAUGUAUGGCGUUCGUCUACACCCGGCAAAGGACCGCGAGGGCACCAAACUCAGCUUGGCUGUGGCACACACUGGUGUGCUAGUGUUCCAGGGGUACACAAAAAUAAAUGCCUUCAACUGGUCCAAGAUUCGCAAACUCAGCUUCAAACGCAAACGGUUUCUUAUCAAGCUGAGAGCUGACCCCGCUCAAAGCGGUCACCACGACACGCUGGAGUUUGCCAUGGCAAGCAGGGACUGCUGCAAGAUCUUCUGGAAGAUUUGUGUCGAGUAUCACGCCUUCUUCAGACUCUUCGAAGAGCCCAAGCCCAAACCCAAGCCCAUCCUCUUCACCAGAGGAUCCUCAUUCCGUUUCAGCGGUCGGACGCAGAAGCAGAUCAUUGAUUAUGUGAAAGAUUCUGAGCUAAAAACGGUUCCGUUUGAAAGGAAGCACAGUAAGAUUCUGUCCAGUAGCAGCAUGCCCCAUCAGUCCUCUUUCUUCAGAUCGCAAGUGCCAAUUGAGAAUGUCACAUCUAUACCAUUAGAAGAUCUACCGGACUCGGCUGGACAAAUGGACUCUAACAGUGCACAGGAACCACAAGGGGCCACGUCUGCCACCAACGGCUUCCGUGAUAACCCCGUCUCUCCCGGCUCAGAUCUCAGACAGAACCACAAAGGCGUGGGCUCUCCGCCGGACCAGCGUCUCCUCAAUCCAGGUCCAUCCUGCAGGGCAAACAAAGGCAGCAGUUCUUCCAUCCCUUAUAUAGACUGCAGCGACGUAGACAGUGAAUGCGAUGUCACAAAGAGCAGCACAGGGAAUGGCAGCAAUGACGAGCAGCCCAAUAAGCACACAGGAAGUCCUGCUUCUGAGGCCUCCCCACUGAAAAGUCACCACCCAGGGCUGAACGCUAACGGCAUUUUGAACGGAGAGGUUGUCGGUGUCUGCUUGUUGGCCCCAAGUCAGCUGUCACCUCUCACAAGCCCUCUUCUCGCUGACGCUGGAUACGUGCGAAAUGAUGAUGAAGAUGAGGCCAGGAGGAAGAAGUUUCCCACAGACAAGGCCUACUUCAUCGCAAAGGAACUGUUGACCACUGAGAGGACCUACCUCAAAGAACUGCAGGUCAUCACUGAGUGUUUCCACAGUAUUGCAGAGAAAGAUGAAGAAGCAUUUCCAGUCACUGUUAGGAACCUGAUAUCAGCAAACUACGAUCCCAUCCACAAGUUUCACAAGGGCUUCCUGAAGGAGGUGGAGACGAGACUGGCACAAUGGGAGGGUCGAUCCAAUGCACACAUUAAGGGAGACUAUCAACGAAUUGGUGAUGUUCUGUUGAAGAACAUUCAGAGUCUGAGGCAGCUGACAAUUCAUCUGCAGAAGCAUUUGGAGUGCCUGGUGGAGCUGGAACGAGCUUGUCGGUCCAGUCGCAAGGCGGAGGCUCUGUAUGGAGAACUGGAGCAGCAAAGGGUGUGCUACCUCCCCUUCAACAAUUUCCUCCUACGGCCACUCCACCGCCUGCUGCACUACAAACUGAUCCUGGAGAGGCUCUGCAAGCACUACCCACCCACCCAUGACGACUUCAGGGACUCCAGAGCGGCCCUGGCGGACAUCACAGAGAUGAUGCUGCAGCUGCAAGGCGCCAUGAUGAAGAUGGAGAACUUUCAGAAGCUUCUUGAGCUGAAGAAAGAUCUGAAUGGCAUCGACAAUCUGGCCAUCCCCGGCAGGGAGUUCAUCAGACUUGGAUGCCUCAGCAAACUCUCGGGCAAAGGCCUCCAGCAGAGAAUGUUCUUCCUGUUUAGCGAUUCCUUGGUGUACACUAGUCGGGGGAUGACCCCAUCCAACCAGUUCAAAGUCCAUGGCCAGCUACCCCUCUUUGGCAUGACGAUUACCGAAAGUGAAGAGGAGUGGGGAGUCCCUCAUUCUUUCACCCUGUUUGGACAACGACAGUCAGUGGUGGUGGCGGCCAGUUGUGCAGCCGAGAUGGAGCGGUGGGUAGAAGAUAUCAGGAUGGCCAUUGACCUCGCCGAGCAGAGCAACGGCCUUCACAUGGAUCUGGUCUCCACCAGCCCUUCCGAUAAGAAGCUGCUGGAGGAAGGUGGAGCCGAGCAUGAGUCCGAGGAGGAGCUUUGUGGCUCGCGCUCGUCUCUGGAGCGCCAAGCUCAGCGUGGUAACACCACAGUGCACGUGUGUUGGCAUCGCAACACAAGCGUUUCCAUGGUGGACUUCAGUAUUGCUGUGGAGAAUCAGCUCUCAGGGAACUUGCUGAGAAAGUUCAAGAACAGUAAUGGCUGGCAGAAACUCUGGGUGGUCUUCACCAACUUCAGCCUCUUUUUCUACAAAUCACACCAGGAUGACUACCCUCUGGCCAGCCUUCCUUUGCUAGGCUACUCCGUCACCAUCCCAUCCGAGUCGGAGAACAUCCACAAGGACUAUGUCUUCAAACUUCACUUCAAGUCCCACGUCUACUACUUCAGAUCGGAGAGCGAGUACACGUUUGAACGUUGGAUGGAGGUGAUCCGCAGUGCCACCUGCUCCGUCAGCCGAUCCCUGCCAGGCGCCAGGAAAGACCUUUAUUGAUGAGAAACUUCCCUGGGUAAAGAUCUGGACUCUAUGCUGCAUUCAAGCCAUAAAGACUUAAAAUACACACCAAAUCAUGCCACUUUGCACUAAUAAAUAUCUGCAAUUAAUUCUCUUCACUUCCACUUUCCAGACACACACAUACACUUGGGAAUUUCUUCACCGCCACCAUUCACUUUCUGCACAGCUUGCUUAUAUCCAUGAAAUUUUACAGUUUCUCUCUUUCUGGCAAUGGUUUUGUUCACCCGCGCAGACUCCCAUCACAAACCCAACUGAACCAUUUGACAUUUACCACAAGUGUUUGCUGUCCGAAAUCAUUUUAUGCACACAUUAAAGAUUAAAAUGUACAAAAUGUGGGUGCAUGAGGAUUUUUCACCAGGAAUGGUUUCAUUUUGUAUGACAAUCUAAUAUACAAUAAUGCAGUGCCAUUUUCAAAUGCAACACGUCUUCCUCCCUAGUUUUGCAGCAACCCUUUGUACAGUACUUCGAAACACUGUGAAAUGAUCUGCUUUGCUUGAAUCUUUAUUUCUUUUCCACAUUUUUGUCUCUCAUUUUUAUGGAUAAACUUCCAAAGGAUUUUUCUUCGACAAACCCGACAUUUUUCUAUUCUUAAUAAAGAUGGCAACAAUCUGUUUGUAUUCAA